UGGCUGACGAAAAGAAGAAACCUUGGGGCCAAAACGAAAAGAGAGCAAAAAGCGCGUGAAAAGCUAUGAAAAAAAGGGAAAAAUUAAUGUACCCAAUGUAAAAACAGUGUGCGAAUAAAAUUAAUAAGUUCUUAAUGUGCAAAGUCAAUAGGCCAACAACAACAGUAAGCGAGCAUAGGACAAGUGGGAUUUACCUUUCAAUGGCCGCCACUACAACAACAACAACCACAACACUAGCAACAACCACCGGCAAUAGCACCACCACCAACAACAAUAACAGCAGCAACAACAACGGCCACAACAAUAGCAACAACAUUGUAACCGUACACGCCGUACUGAACAACCCACCCACCAACAUUGCAGGUGGUGCAGCCGACGCCGCCACCGUUGCGAUUGCCAAGGACAUGUUGCAGCUGCAUCAUGGCGCAGCAGCGGCAGCAGCAGCAACAGCGGCGCUGAAUAACAACAAUAAUAGUAACAGCAACAACAACAACAGCAGCAGCGGCGGCAACAGCGCGGGAAGCAACAAUAACAACAGCGGCGCCGAUCAGCUGACCAACAGCAGCAACAAUUCAGCAAACCACCCACCUGCCACUAACAGCACCACCACCUCCUCCUCCUCCUCCGCCAGCAGCGGCAGCACCACCACCCCCUCCGCCAAUGCCUCAGCAUCGUCUUCGCCGCCAUAUGGAGAGCUACGCUUCAACCAGGAGGUACUGCACAUCACGGACGCCGUGACGGUCAUCGGACGCAACUCCUCCACAUCGCUGGUCCACUUCAAUGUGGCCGAGAACAACCUGGUGUCGCGCAAACAUUUCCAGGUGCUCUACGACGUGGAGCUGCGCGCCUUCUUUGUCCAGUGCCUCAGCAAGAAUGGCAUCUUUGUGGAUGAUUUCCUGCAGCGCCGCAAUGUGGAUCCACUUCGUCUGCCGCAACGCUGCUACUUCCGCUUUCCCAGUACGGAGAUUCGCAUCGAGUUCGAGAGUUAUGUGCCCGACACUCAAUCGGAUGCCGCCGCCGGCCACUCACCAUCGUUGGUCGUAAGCGCUGGUGGAGUGGGUGGUAGUGGAGCCCACGUUAUUAUUACUCCGCCGCCGAGGGACGAGCUUCACCAGCAGCAGAUGCAUCAUCACCAGCAGCAGCAGCAGCUGCAGCAGCACCCGCACCACCAGCCACCGCACCACCAGCCGCUGCAACAGCAGCAGCCAGCGGCGCACCACCCACACCCGCACACACCACACCACCCGCUCCACCACACAACUCUGCACCAGCAGCAACAGCGCAGUGGCAACAUCGUUGUGGCGCCUCCAGCCGGGACAGCUGCCCACCUGAUCGCCGCCGGAGACGGAACCGGCAUCUACUCUCCGCUCAAGAUAUCCAUACCCAAGAAGGAGCAGAAGAGCCCCUACCUGUCACCAACUGGUACAAUAAGCGCUGCCAACAGUUGUCCGGCUAGUCCACGUCAGGGUUUCAUUCAGAACCAGCCCAACAAUUACAACAACUACAGUAACAACAAUACACAGGAUCUGUUCCAGACGCCCUCCACAGCCAGCUACAAUCACAACGAGAAGCCGCCGUACAGCUACGCCCAGCUUAUCGUCCAGGCCAUAUCUGCCGCACCGGACAAGCAGCUAACCCUUUCGGGCAUUUAUUCGUUUAUAGUCAAGCACUACCCGUACUACCGCAAGGAGACAAACAAGGGCUGGCAGAAUUCCAUACGUCAUAAUCUCAGUUUAAAUAGGUAUUUCAUCAAGGUGGCCCGCUCUCAGGACGAGCCCGGCAAGGGCUCAUUCUGGCGCAUUGAUCCGGACAGCGGCGCCAAGCUGAUCGACCACAGCUACAAGAAGCGUCGCCAGCGGAGCAGCCAGGGCUUCCGUCCGCCAUACGGGAUGCCCCGCUCGGCGCCCGUCUCGCCCAGUCACAUGGAUAACUCGCGCGAGAGCUCACCGCUGCAGGACAUUGUGCUGCAAUCUGCUCCCGGAUCGCCGGGAAUGUCGCUGGAACAACGCGCCGCUGAUGCCGAAAUCAUCUACAACUCUCAAAAUGCACACCAGCAACAGCAGCACCAACAGCAACAGCAGCAGCAGACGCUGUCAAGCAAUUCCAAUCAGUACAGCAGCGGCAGUCCGUACUACGUAACCAAUCAAAACUCCGGGGUGGCCGUACCACAGGCGCUCGUUGAGGGAAGCGGAGCGAGCGGAGGCGGCGGGGUCGGAGCUCUGAUUGCGCUAAAAAGGAAUCAUGUGAUGGGCGGUGGAGCAUCGCAUUCGCUGCAUCAGCAGCAGGCAGUGGCACAACAACAACCACAGCAACAGCAGCAGCAGCAUUCAGAGAUUAUCUAUGAGGAAAUGCCGACCGACUACAGUGGCCACAUCGAGGCCAGCGAGGAGGAGUGCGUAACCACUGCCACCGAUGCCACCGUAGCCAAGCGACCCAAGUACGUGUCCGAGGUGCUCUGAUGCGUGCGGAUCCAGAAGCACCGGCAGAACAAGGGCAAAUAGUGGGCCCACGGGUGGAAACGAUUAGAAAGCAAAACAUAAAGUAUCUCCAUCUUGUAUAUUGAAUUUGCCAAUCAUAAACCUAUCUAUACCCCAAAAACAAAUCAAAACAAAACACGAACUCAAACACAACAUAUGGAUAAACAGCGCACGCGAAGCAAAGCAAAGCAAACGAACGCAAAGUGUAUAAAUUGAUAUGGAACAUUUUACAAAUAGCAACUGUGAGAUUGUGUUUGCCAUGUUGGCCAUACAACCGUUCAACGGCGGCAACUACAUACACACUUUUCGAAAUUCGAAAACCAAACCGAUUCGAAGUUACGACUUAAUCCCUUAGAUCUGACGAAUUCAAUAUGCUCGAUGACGCUACUCUCUAAGUAAUAUAAUAAAUUUUAAGUUUAAAGCAAGGUAAAGCAGCAAACAAAGCAAAAUUAUAUAGAUAUAUGCGAUUGAUUAUUGUAAUGAUUGAUGAUUAUGAUGUUUAAGAUGUUAUAGCUAUGUGACCGAAGUGUGCGAGAAGCGUGAGAAAAUUGGGGGAAAAUCAAGUAACAAGCAACCAACCACACAAGUAACAAACAAACAAACAAACAGGCGAAUGAAUAAUAUUACCUAUCUACAUACCUUUACCUAUAUCGAUUUAAAUAUAAAAUAUAUAUAUAUAUAUAUCUAUAUAUAUAAAUAUAUAUACAAAACAUUAAAAUACAAACAAAAACAAAAAUGAUGAAAAUUAAUAAGUAAUAUCUACAAAUUUACGGAUACAAUAACAAUAUAUAAAGAUUGAAAUGAUAGCACAUUAUUUCUUAUUAAUGAAGAAAAUCCCAUUUAAGUGUUUGGACAAAUUGUGUAUUAAAAAACAAAAAUCAAAUGUA